AUGUCAGGAACGGCCAAUUUCCUGCCUGAAUAUGCCUCGUAUAACUGGACCGGCGCUCCCUCCGAUUAUACGUUGGCUACGAAUCCGAAAACAGGUGGUGAUUCAAGGCACGAGAACCUGAAUAAAUGGUAUCAGUCAGGCGAUACGGCAUACAUUAUUCUGUCAUCAUGUCUGGUAUUGAUCAUGGUACCAGGCCUUGGAUUUCUUUAUUCCGGGCUUGCGAGGAGAAAAUCAGCGUUGUCGAUGAUGUGGGCUUGCAUGGCUGCUGGAACUGUCAUCAACUUUCAGUGGUAUUUCUGGGGUUAUUCGCUCACGUUCUCCCCUACCGCGACGAACGGGUUCAUUGGUGAUCUCGAGAACUUUGGCCUGAAACAUGUCCUGGGCAAUCCGAGUCCUGGUUCUCCACUGGUCUCGACUCUAUUAUAUUCAUUUUACCAGAUGCAAUUCUGUGCUGUCACCGCCGCCAUUGUCGCCGGCGCCGUUGCCGAACGCGGUCGACUCGCACCAUUCCUUGUCUGGAUCUUCCUCUGGGCCACUCUUGUCUACAAUCCGCUCGCUUGUUGGGCUUGGAACGUGAAUGGGUGGGGCUACAAGUACGGAGUGAUGGACUACGCCGGUGGCGGACCGGUCGAAAUUGGAUCUGGCAUGUCUGCCCUGGCCUAUUCAAUGGUUCUUGGGAAACGCCAGGAAAAGAUGAUGCUCAACUUCCGACCCCACAACGUUUCCUUCAUUCUCCUGGGAACGGUUUUGCUCUGGUUUGGCUGGCUUGGCUUCAACGGCGGUUCAUCCUUUGGCGCGAAUCUACGUGCAGUAAUGGCCUGCUGGAAUUCGAAUUUGACGGCCAGUAUGGCAGCCGUGACCUGGGUGGUCCUGGACUAUCGUCUUGCCCGGAAACUAUCCAUGGUCGGUUGGUGUUCAGGCACCAUUUCUGGACUGGUGGCAGCCACGCCGGCGUCUGGAUACCUCGAUACAUGGGGCAGCGUGGCCUUGGGAGUGACCACGGGAUUCAUUUGCAAUUUUGCAACCAAGAUCAAAUACUGGGUCCGGAUCGAUGACUCCAUGGAUGUGUUCGCCGAGCACGGAGUUGCGGGUAUAAUUGGGCUUUUGUUCAAUGCUCUAUUAGGGGUCGACUAUGUUGUCGGUCUAGAUGGGGUCAACACAGGAGCCAGCAAUCCCGAGACUGGGACUGGAAUCGGAGGAUGGCCGAUUGGCAAUUAUCGACAAUUCUAUAUUCAACUGGCCUACGUGGUGGCAUGCACGGGGUAUGCAUUCGUCAUGAGCGCCAUUCUUGCCUAUUUUGUGAAUUUCAUUCCGGGGCUUCAUCUCCGUGCCACUGACGAGGCUGAAUUGCUUGGUAUGGACGACGACCAACUUGGCGAGUUCGCCUACGACUAUGUCGAAGUUCGACGGGAUUACUUGGCCUGGACGCCGAACCGGCCCGAGCAGAAUGCAAUCGAUCCGGAAGUGCCACAGGACCAGCGGCACGGUAUCGAGGGACAUGUCAAAAUGUUGCAGAAGAGCGAAGUUUCCAGUUCUCAAUCUGGUUCAGGUUCACAUCAACAAUCUCUGCCUGCCCAAGGGGAUCGCCACGGUGUGGCGGCAGAAGAACACGAGAAGGAGAAGCGGUUGGAAGAACACGAUGAUGCCGCUGCUGCUGCUCCGCAGUCCUAA